AUGGAUGUCUUUUGGACGCUCCCGCCCGUCUCUAGGACCAUCACAGCUGCAGCAGUCGUUGUAUCGGCUGCAGGCUACAGCGGUCUCCUCAGCCUGUAUCACUACAUCUUCGUCAGCCAAUAUGUCUUCACGGUGUCGAUGCUCCCGCAGCUCUGGCGACUCUUCACAGCGUUUCUGAUUACGAAACCGAAGUUCGGCAUCCUGCUAGACCCCUACUUUCUAUACCAGUACGGCAGCUCCAUCGAGCGGGAGUCGCCUCGCUUCAAGGAUCCAGGCGACUUCCUCGUGUACACUUUGUUCCUCGUCCGCGCAAAGGCAACAGCAGGUGGCAUCCUAAACCAAUACACCUUCCUCCCGUCGCUGUCCCUCGCCUACGCCUACACGUUCGCCCAAGAUAAUCCUACCCGCUCCGUAUCCUUCUUCGUCAUUACCUUCGAAAGCAAAUACCUGCCCUUCGCUAUGCUCUUCAUGGCCUUCGUCAUGGACGGUCCCGAUGCCGCUCUCGGACAGCUUAUGGGUCUCCUCGCCGCACACUUGUACGACUUCCUGACAAGGAUCUGGCCUACGUUUGGCGGUGGCAAAAACUACAUUCGCACACCUGAGAUGGUGAAGCGCUGGUUCGGUGCUGCGCCGGGCAGCGUGCAGAACAGAGGAUAUGGACAUGUUGUGCAGGGACGGGGAGGUGCUGCGCAGCCCAGUGCGGCGAGGGCGACAGGCAAUGCUUGGGGUGGAAUGGGUCCCGGGAGGAGACUGGGGGAAUAG